ACUCACACGUACACACAUACUCACACCUUGUGUCAAGCCAAAACAAGUGUUACAUCGUUUUUCUCAUAAUUAAAUCAUAUAUAUCAAACAAAUUAAAUAAAAUGUCCGAUCAAAAACCAAACAAUGAUGGUGAUGAGCUAAAUGAUUUGCUAGACAAUGCACUGCAAGACUUUGACAAAAGCAAAAGUGGAGCCAAGCCGGAAAAGACGGCGGGCACGACAGAUGGGACAGGGAAUGCUACUAGCGAAGCCAACGAAGAUCCCGAUGCGUUUUUCAUCGAACAGGCGAAAAUCUUGGCGGAUCGAAUGAACACACUUUUCGGAGGUCCGGACACGCCCAGUGGCGAUAUUCCACCAAUGCCACAGGAUCCAGAGCAAAUAAUGGCCGGCUUCAAGAAAAUGGCAGAAGCUGCCGCCCUCACGCUGAGUGGGGAGAAUACUGCCAACGACGACGAGGUGUCCAAGUAUUCCGAUAGCAUUUCCCAAGCUCUCAAAGGUCUUCAAGAGGGCACAGAAAAUCUAGCUGCACCCGCGUCCGAGAAUGACAUUGCCAGCAUGUUUGGAUCCUUGAAUCUAGAUGGCGGCGAAAGUGAUAGUAAUAGUUUCCUGCCUUUUAUGGAGGGCAUGAUGCAGAGCUUGCUCUCUGCUGAGAUCCUACUGCCUAGCAUUAAGGAGCUCCUGGAGAAGUAUCCCAAGUAUUUGGAGGAAAAUGACGCCAAGCUCUCAGCGGAGGAUAAAGAAAGGUACCAAAAGCAGAUGGAGCUGUACAAAGUGAUUGAGGGCCAUUUGCAGAGCGAAAAGCCCGAUGAUACACCCUCCGUCAAACGCGAGAAAUUCCGGGUGGUGCUGGAUGAUAUGCGCAAGCUGCAGGAUUAUGGACAACCUCCAGCAGAGAUAUUGGCCGAGACUGGUGGAGAUUUGCCAUUGAUUGAUCCGACAGUAGCUGGCGGUAUACCAAACCCCCAAUGCCCGACAAUGUAAAUGUUUGUCUGGGUCACCUCGGGCUUUUCUCUUUUUUGGUGUUGUGUCGUUCCUCGUGGAGUGCCAAGUUGUUGAAUGUUGCACAUUUAGCAUUAGGACAGCAGUUAUUUUAUACAUUUAAACGACAUCACGUGAUGGUUAUUAUAUCUUUUG